UGAUAUUAAUUUUUAUCCUAUCACUAAUCGCUCUGUGAGAAAUGGAAUUUAGGUAUAUAUUUUUGGUAAAAUGAGAAUACGCCAGUGGUUGCAUUCGAUUUCAUUGCAAAUUUUGACCUCUUGAUUCGAGUCAAAUUUGAUAUUCAGAAUAAUUAUCGUAUUUGUGUUGAAAAUUCAACUACGAUGAAUAUACUCUGUGUAUUAUUUCUUUCUGCUGUCCAUAUUGGUCAAGUUUAUAAUGAACAGAAUCUUGGUUUGGAAUGGAGAAGAUUUCAGAGCAAAUACGAUAAAUCCUACAGAUCUGUAGUUGAAUACAAAAAAAGGAUGGCUAUAUUCGAAGAAAAUUUGAGAGAAUACGAAAUACACAAUGUCUUAUACGAACGAGGAGAAGUGUCUUAUAAAAAGGGUGUUAAUAAAUUCACCGAUAUGACGAAAGAAGAAUUCAUGGAAUUUGUUAACAGAGGUAUGAAGGGAAAACGUGGGAGAAAUAAGAGAUCUCUUGUAGCAACUGAUAAGAAUGUCACAAUUCCAUCGUAUGUAAAUUGGGUGGAAAAGGGCGCAGUAACUAAAGUCAAGGAUCAAGGACUCUGUGGAUCAUGUUAUGCGUUCAGUGCUAUUGGGAGUUUGGAGAGCAACUACAAAAUUUUUAAAGGCAAGUUGAUUCCCUUCAGCGAGAAACAAUUGGUCGAUUGUUCCUGGAAUCAAGGUAAUUAUGGUUGUGAAGGUGGCCUUGUUUCGACGGCAUACGAAUACGUGGAAAAAUACGGGAUUGAGAGUGAAAAAGACUACCCAUACCAAGAUGACGACGGACAUUGCUAUUAUGACAAAACUAAAGUUGUGACCAAGAUUAAAGGAUAUGUAGAAAUUGAAGAGGGGUCCGAACGGGACCUUCAAAUAGCUGUGGCUACUAUGGGUCCUGUUUCAGUUGCAAUGGACGCAACUUUCGAAUUGCAAGGCUACGAUUAUGGCAUAUUGGAUGACAAAUUCUGUACAACAUACGAAUUGAACCAUUAUGUUGUUGUUGUUGGUUAUGGUGUUGAUAACGGUAUAGAAUACUACCUGGUGAAGAAUUCUUGGGGUGAGGAUUGGGGAGACCAUGGUUAUUUCAAAAUUGUAAGGAAUAAGAACAAUAGAUGUGGUAUUGCGACAAUGGCUGUGUAUCCGCUGAUGUGAAUGCAACUCUCUUUUGAAUUGUAAUUAGUGUUAUAUUUGAACUUAUUUUUUUAUUAUGAUUAUAUAGACUGAAAUAUAAUAAUGUUAGCCCAG